AUGUUGGCUCCAGCUCUGCUCCAGACCUCGCUGGUUCUCUGGUUGGCUCAGCAAACUCUGCAAGGCGGUGCUGGUAUUGGAGUAAAACCUGGAGCUGCAGGUGCCCUUGGAGCACUGGGGAGCCAAUAUGGCAGUAAAGCAAUGAAGACUGGAAGAGGUUACAGAGCUCUUGGAUUGGGAGGUAGAGCAGGCCUGAAGCCAGGUGGAUAUGGAACCCAGGGAGCCUAUGGCGCCAGUCUGGGCACAGGAAUGGGUUUGGGCACUGGACAUACAAAUGGAAUGGGACUGAAUCUGGGUCAGGGAGGAAAACGUGGAUAUGGGGCUGUAGCUGGCAUUGGCUAUCCUGGAGCCCGACCGGGUUAUAUUGGUGGAGCAGGAAACUAUCUGGGAGCAAACCUGGGCGCUGGGGGCUAUGGCGCAGGUUUGGGACAGGGAGCAUACCUGGGUGGUGCAGCAGGCAAACAUGCAGCUGCUGCUGCUCUUGGACAGGGUGGGUAUCCCCAAGGUGUUGCAGGGAUAUCAACUGGUGAGGCUGUGGAAUAA